CGCAACAACUAUCAGCUGGGUUUGUUUUGCUUCAUGUUGACCGUUUCUGUAUGCUCCGCUUGAAGUCGUACAUUUACAGAAACCUCGCGUUUUGAUUCAUUAAUGUGAGGCAGGAGGAUCGUUGAAGUACCGGAGUAUAUUUUGUCCUUCCACUUUGUUCGGACCAUCCAGUUUUUCUUCAGUAGGUCUUUCGGUUUGCCACUAUUUUUCCAAGAGGUCCAACCGAUCCCAGGCCUCCGAUCCAGGGCGGAGGGAGGGAAGGAGGUCGUUGGGAAUCGGGAUGGAGACAGCAGAGGGAGCGGACGGUCCUGGCGGCCCGCCGGGGCUCUGCUGCGCUUCUUUCAACCAAGACUCCACGUCAUUGGCUGUGGGCACCAAAACUGGAUACAGACUAUUCUCUGUGACCUCAAUGGACAAACUGGACUGCAUUCAUGAGAGUGCAGAAACUCCAGACGUGUUCAUCGUGGAAAGGCUUUUCUCCAGCAGCCUGGUGGUGGUGGUGAGUCAGUCCAUGCCACGUCGCAUGAAUGUCUACCACUUCAAAAAGGGCACGGAGAUUUGCAACUACAGCUACUCGAACAACAUUCUUGCAGUGCGCCUGAACAGACAGAGACUGGUUGUUUGUCUGGAAGAAUCCAUUUAUAUUCACAAUAUAAAGGACAUGAAACUCCUGAAGACCCUUCUCAGCACACCAUCCAACCCAUCAGGUCUCUGUGCUCUCUCCAUCAACCAUUCGAACUCUUUCCUGGCAUACCCUGGCAGUGACACCAUCGGAGAAAUUAUUGUCUACGAUGCCAACAAUCUGAGCACUGUGACCAUGAUUCCAGCCCACGAUAGUCCACUGGCCGCCAUCACCUUCAGUGCCUCUGGCACCAAACUGGCCAGCGCUUCUGAACGGGGCACUGUGAUUCGAGUGUUCUCCAUUCCAGAGGGACUGCGCUUGUUCGAGUUCCGGCGGGGCAUGAAAAGGUAUGUCAGCAUCAGCUCCCUUUCCUUCAGCCCGGAUGCUCAGUUCCUCUGUGCCUCAAGCAAUACAGAGACAGUGCACAUUUUCAAACUGGAACAGCAUAGCCCAAGUGGGGAGGAGGAAAAUCCCUCUUGGUCAACAUAUGUAGGAAAGAUGUUCACAGCAGCCAGCAGUUACCUCCCAGCACAGGUGUCAGGCAUGAUGAGUCAAGACCGAGCCUUCGCUACCGUCCGUCUCCAGAUGGCUGGUCAGAAGAAUGUCUGUGCCCUGGCAACAAUCCAGAAGCUUCCACGGUUGCUUGUAGCCUCCUCUGACGGGCAGCUAUUUAUCUAUAACAUUGAUCCUCAAGAUGGGGGUGAGUGUACUUUGGUGCAGAAGCAUAGGUUGUUUGGAUCAGACGAGGAGCAGCAGGAGACAUCUGAACCUACAGAGCCACCACAACCAUGCCAGUCUUAUGCUGCCACUGUGGCCAUCCCCUCCUCUGGACCUGUUACUGCUACUCUCACAGGGUACUCAGAGGAUGGGGGAGCUAAGAAGGGUGAGGUGAUUCCUGAACACGAGUUUGCAGCAGGGCCUGUUUGCCUGGAUGACGAAACGGAAUUUCCUCCCAUAAAUUGGUGCCGUGAUGGAUCUGGGCGAGGCAAAGGGAGACGUCCGUGAGAGGGUAGAGGACAGGUGGAGGCAACAACAGUCACAGGAGGAUCCUCAGUGCAUGACCAAGGACAAACAAAGAAAUAAAAAAAUAAAAAACUAACUUCAGGGUGCUAAAUUAUAAACGGAACGGUUGAAAUGAUAUCUUGAUUUCUGUUGAUCAGGGAUUUGGGUCGUUGUCACUCAAUCCCCUGAAGGGUGUGUUAUACAUGAGGUGCAUGACUGAAAUAUAACCACAUAUUGUUAUAGUUACGUAAGACAUAUUGUAUUAGUUAAGUCGUAGUAAUGUAGCAGUUUAUUAUUUUAAUUUAUAACACCAUCAUUGAAUCAUAAGAGGAGAGGAAUUACUUUUUUUUACAUAUGUGUUUUUGCUGUAUUGAUUCUUAAUAUGUUUACAUGUUACCAUCUUCCUGAAUACUAAUACAGCGGGAUGUUUUGUAUGUAUGUGCCUAUGAUAUUACUUGUAAGAGUGCAAAGUAUUUUGCUGGAUUGCUCAAGACCAAAAGAUAUAAAAAAAGAAAUGAAUAUGUAGGAAAUAUAUUAGGAAUGAAAUUAUACAUAGCA